AUGAACUACCUCGCUCAGAACGCCCUCCCCACCCCCCCUCAUUCUCCCCGCGCCCUCGAGCCCGCACAUGGCGCCGUCGUCCUCCUCGACUCCCUCACCGCCUUCUACCAGCAGGAGCGCUACUGGAUCCAUCACACCCGCGCCGCCCUCGAGGUCGCCAUAGCCAAGGGCUCUGACGCGCGCACCAUCACCUACGCCGCUGGCUCUCCUGCAGAGUCCUCCGAUGGCUCCUCCGUCUCCUCGUCGGAGGGCCCCUCCAGCCCCGCCGCGUCCACGUCGUCCGUCGUCGACGAUCCCGCCCCCAUGGGCGCUGCCCCCGUAAAGUCCGAGUCGCACGAUGUCCCGCUCGCGCCAAAGUCGAAGCGCAGCACGCGCUGGAAUCGGCGGAAGAACAUGAUGAAGCUGAAACUCGAGGGCAUCUCGCCUCAUGCUCGCCGUCGUCGUCCACACCGUGCCUCGCCCGCCGAGCCGGGCGCACGCCUACUUGAGAUGUUCUCGCAGCUCGUCGACGCGCGCAUGGAGAGCUGUCAACGCGUUUCGCGGCUCGUGCGCGAGUCACACCGCACUCCUGCGGACCUGUGCUUGGCCCUGCUGUGAGCUCACAUGGUCAGUGCGACGAGACUUACUCGCUCAACUAUUGCGAUGCUUACAGCGAGUUCUUUCCUUCAGAUAUCUGCUCACAAAGUUCUUGCCCUACGAAAUGUCCAUUGCACGUUCUGCGUACGCCAC